AUGGCAUGUGGCCUUGGCCACCUUUCGCUCGCCGAAACACUCCUCAAAAAGGGCGCAAAUCUACGCGGGACGCCAAUUACAUAUGCAGCUCGACGAGGGCAAGAUGCUAUCGUAACAUACCUUUUCCAAUAUGGCGCGCCACUGGAACCAGGCGCACUAGAGGCGGCUUUCAGACAUUUCAAGGAUUCCAAGAUAUCAGUCGACAAGGUGCCCAUGUUUCAAACACUGUUGGAACACGGCGCUGGCCCCAACAUAUUGAUUGACGAAACGUCGCGACCUUUACACCAUGCCACCUCGGACAAGGUCGAGCCUCUCGUCCAGCUUCUACUUGACCACGCGGCCGAUGUGAACGGACGAGACAAGGAAGGACGAACAGCACUACACUUGGCGGUCGACUCUGAAAUGGAGUCAUUAGUGCGACUCCUCGUGGAUCGUGGAGCCGAAGUUAACGCGCAAGAUGAUCAAGGUCACACGCCACUUUAUCAUGCCGCUGGGCGUGAUAUCGAUCCCAUCGUGCAAUUGCUGAUCGACCACGGUGCCAAUGCCAACUUGCAAGAUAAACAUGGACUUUCAGUCCUCCAUCUAGCUAUGGCCUCUACUUUCGAUUGUCUCGUCCAGAGUCUUAUUGGUCGCGGAGAAAGCACAAAUGCCCAUGGUGCAACUCACAAAACCCACUCGGCGGCAGCCGCUAGUAAUUCUCUAAAGCCCACGAUGGUAAAAGAUAAGCCGCAGAUGGUUUUUGAGGAAUACCCCUUGAUCACCAUUCAUGAGUUGGCGCUUUUUAGGUCUUUGGUUUCUUCAGCCUGGCCAUCACGCCGACCUCCAAGUAUCGCAUCUAUGGAAGAACACCUGGACGCGAUGCAAAUACGAAUGGAAUGGGAGUAUGAGCCCCUGAUCGGCUCAUUUCUCAGUCGCAUGAGUGAGAAGCGUGUCCUAAUAGAUAACUUGGAUGAAUCGCUAUACGAUCAAGCUCUAGAUGGCGCCAGGCCUUUUGUUCAGGCAAUGAUAUCCGAGGUCAAGGUCAAUAUACGAGAAUCUCAGGGUUACUCGUCAGUUUAUAUGGAGAACAUGCACGAGGCAUCACGCACUCUACGGAUGUAUUCACAGCAGCUCUCUGCUAUCGAAUUACAUAGAGAAAUGGUACUCGGUCUUCUCGUCGACUGUGCAAGAUUAGCAGAGAUGCUAUGGGAAAACAAUGCGGCUAUAAAAGAAUUUGACAGAGCUCGAUACGGUGAGCUUAUGCUGGCAGCUCGAAAGGGUCAAGACUACAUUGACCAGAAACUGCAUGAAAGCAGUGCAGUCGGUACGACAUUGGACACCACUAUCAGUGGCGAACCCAUGACUUUUGUCAUUCACCCCACUAGCAUAAGAUUGCGGGAGCUGCGGCAGAGGUUUCACAUUGAUCUCGGACCGGAGCCUGACGAAACGAGCCCAUCUGGCUCCCAGCCGAAGCUCAUAGUGAACCUCCAAUUGAUGGAGGCCAGUCACGCAUUGGUCAGUGCAGUGCCAUGA